AUGGAAGUGCCGCAGCCUUUCCAGUCACAGUAUUACUUCCUCUACGGUUCACUGAUGGACCAGUCCACCCUCGCUAGAGUCAUCAAACGACCACACAGACCAGAGCUUAUUCCCGCCAGAAUAGUCAGGUACAGGUUGAAGCUUUGGGGAGCGUACCCUGCGUUACUGGACGGCUCCGAAGAUGCUGUGGUGAUAGGAAUGGCAUACGAAGUUCGAUCGCUGUCGGAGCAGAGGUAUCUUGAGGCGUACGAAUCAGAUUAUUACGUCAAUAGCCCGUGUGUGAUUGAGUUAGAAGGCGGCAAAGCAGUUGUCGGAAGGACCUUCAAAUGGGCUGUUGACCAGUCACUGCUGAGGGAUGGAGCUUUUGAUCUAAGAGAUUGGCAGUUGGAUAGUAUCGACACAAGGUAA